AUGGAGAUCCUCGUUCAUGUCUCUGCCCCCAGUAGGGUCCAGGACGAUGCGCGAUACCGUGCUCAGGUCGCUGCCAUCCAGGCUCAGUUCGCGCUGACGGCAGACACCCGCGAUAGCCCAACGCAGUCAGCCGUUCAUUCCGUCUCAGUCGGCGGACUUGCUCGCUCGGACCAUCAGGCUGCUCCGACUAUUCCUCUUCCAGGAUCGGCCCUCAAGCCCCAGCCGAUCGCUACUGAGAUCGGUUCCAGCCAGACGGUAGCUUUAGAUCUUGUCCAUCAGCCUGUGGGGGAUUCCCUCGACAGUCUGGUCAGCGUCAUCCCAGAAUCCUUGCCAGACUUAUACCAGGCUUCUCAAGACACGCGUCCAUGUCCAGUCCCUGGAAACCCAGUUGGUCCACCGGAGACUGUUUCUCCUAAAAAUCGCCGGCUCGAGUCUCCAUACCCAAUGGAUCUUGUACUGGCCAUGCCGAGCACAGCACCUUUAGCCAUCACUAUUGCACUAGAGUCACCACCACAUCCCGAUAAUACACAUGCCUCCCCUAAUUCGAACCCAACUCUUGACUCUACUUCUAUCACUCCAUGCAAGUCUUCAUUACAUCUUCCACCCCUUCCUCUGAAGAUCCGACCCCCUCCACCCCCCAUUUCCACUGUCCCCUUCACCAGUCACAUCACCCCAACACUGUCAAUGCUCACGGAGCGACUCAAACCUUCACGAACCUACAAACCACUUUACCAGACCCGGUCUCUGGAUCCACUCGAGCGUGGCUACUGGGCUAUAAACAUCAACAUCUGGCCGGAGAACCAGAUCGAAAAGAAAAAGGACCUAGAGAAUCCACCAAACCUAAACCAAGACCCGGGACCGGAACCGGGAUUGCAAAGUAAAGUUGAUGGCCCAUCAGAAACGAAUCAAAAUCGAAAUUGGGAUAUCGCUUUUUUCAACCGCUUCUGGUCCUUCCUCUCUGACUUUGUCGGCAAGGACGCCCGCGCCGGCUGGGGUGUCUGGUGUUUUCUCGAACAUGCAUCUUCAGCAGAGUCCCCAUCAACUGCAAUAUCUCCAGGGGUUACAAUAGAUGGACCCGUUCCGGUGCUGCUAAAGGUUUACGCAUGGGGUGAGAUAGCCAUGCACAUGUAUCUGGUCUUGUUCUUAGCGAGUGACCGGCGGGUUCGGAAAAUGGGGGCCCAAUGGAGGGAUUCAGCUGAUGCAGUGGCAAUUCAACUGCCGUGA